AUGCAAUUAUUAUUUGUAUGGAUUAGUUUGGGCACAGUUGGACACAUAUGGACGGGUUGUUGGGCCGGUAUUCCCUGGAAAGCCGAGCCCCGGACCGAGUGGUGGUGGACAGAUAGACACGAACUACUAGUCAACCAGACGCGCGAUCAUUUGGCCGAUUUGAAAGUCAUAUUUUUCGGCGAUUCCAUUACUGAACUCUGGGUCAGAGGUCAAGGUUGGGACCUAUGGUCCGAGUCGUAUGCGCCGAGACAUGCCUACAAUUACGGUAUUGGUGGCGACCGUACUGAGCAUCUAAUAUGGCGUAUGGAGCAUGGUGAAUUUGAUGGACUAGAUAGCAAACUGGUUGUCCUAUUAGUUGGUACGAACAAUAUGGAGGCCAAUACUGCCGAAGAUAUUGCCAAAGGUAUCCGGGAAAUAGUUGACCAACUUUUGAACCGACAGUUGAACACCAAAGUACUUGUAUUGGGUAUUACUUCCCGACACGAACGGGAACUUGAUGUCAAAGUACAUUCAGUUAACCAUAUAAUUGCCGACUAUGCGGACAAUAAACGUGUCUUCUUUAUGGACAUGACUGACCAUUUUGAGACCGAUAUCGGUAAAGUGAUUGCCGACCUAUACAUGGCUGACGGUCUACAUCUGUCAGCUAAGGGCUAUCAGGUCUGGCACGACGUUAUGGAGCCGUUGUUCACUAAUAGCAAACAAUUUCAUGUAUCAGCUGACGAUGAGAUAAAAUCAUUGCCGGGUUUAUCGUUUAAAAUUAAUUUCAAACAAUACUCGGGUUAUCUGAACACUAGUAGCGGUGAUUAUCUGCACUAUUGGUUUGUGGAAAGUCAGUCUAAUCCCGUAACCGAUCCAAUAAUACUAUGGUUAAAUGGUGGACCGGGAUGUUCCAGUUUGGAUGGAUUUUUAUCAGAAAACGGUCCGUUUUAUAUGCUACUCAAUAGCACUGUCCUACAUCAUAACCCCUAUAGCUGGAACCUGAAAGCCAAUGUUUUAUAUUUGGAAACACCAGCCGGUGUUGGGUUUUCCUAUAAUAACCGAAACAAUAUCACUACUAACGAUGACCGGUCAGCCAAAACAAACUACGAGGCAGUGCUGAGCUUUUAUCGCAAGUUUCCACAAUUCAAAGCUAACGAUUUUCAUAUUUUUGGGGAAAGUUAUGCCGGCGUUUAUAUACCAUUGCUGGCCAUCAACAUUAUCAACGAUCACUCAGCAGAUAUUAAUCUUAAAGGUUUGGGUAUUAACGGUGGAUAUUUGGAUCAGACACUGUUGGGUAAUUCAUUAAUAUAUUACAGUUAUUAUCACGGUUUGUUUGAUACGGUUUUGUGGAACCAGUUAGUAGGCCAGUGCUGUCCAGGAGGUAAUAGUAUCAACAAUGACUGUAGUUUUGUCAAUACAACUGAUAAACAAUGCGAAGCAUUGGUAAAUAAAACAAGUGAUAUAAUUGAGAUGGAGUUCCUUAACAACUAUAACCUUUAUGCUGACUGUCCCGUCAAUAUUGUAUAUAACGAGAGUCUCGGUAGGACAGUGCCCCGUGUUGAAUACGAUAGUAAACUAAUAGGCCUACAAUUGGGUAUGGAAGUCACCAUUGAUGGUGGUGACGACGGAAAUUUUUGUCUGUCCGACAUCGGUAUCCAGUGGCUCAACAGGCCUGAUGUGCGCCGAUCGUUACACAUACCCGUAGCGGUUCAACCGUACAGUACGUGUAGUAAAGUUUUGGACAAAGAAUAUCACAAUCAAUAUACAACACUCCGGCCACAGAUACAGAAGCUGAUGGCCAGUGACCGGAAUCUAACUGUUAUGAUAUACAAUGGAGACACGGAUAUGGCGUGUAAUUAUUUGGGCAAUGAAUGGUUUGUCGAAAGUCUAGGUCUAACCCAAUCGACAUGCUAUACCAAUUGGUGGUAUAAGUAUCAGGUGGGCGGCUAUUAUAAGGUCUACGAAAAUCGGUUGGCAUUUGCAACGGUUCGCGGAGCCGGACAUAUGGUACCCAAGGAUAAGCCGGCAGAAACAAUGCAUUUGCUGAACAUGUAUUUCAAUGGACAGAUAUUUAGAGAUCCGAGUGGCGGUCAAAACAAUGUUACCGAUUUAAAACUAUUGUUAAUUGUAUCAUGCUUAUUUUAUAUAUUAACUAAUUGUAAAGAGUUUAAAGGGUCGGCCGAUCAGAUAAAAUCAUUGCCGGGUUUAUCGUUUAAAAUUAAUUUCAAACAAUACUCGGGUUAUCUGAACACUAGUAACGGUGAUUCAUUGCACUAUUGGUUUGUGGAAAGUCAGUCUAAACCCGGAACCGAUCCACUAAUACUAUGGUUAAAUGGUGGACCGGGAUGUUCCAGUUUGGAUGGAUUUAUAUCGGAAAACGGUCCGUUUUCAAUGCUACCCAAUAGCACUGUCCUACAUCAUAACCCCUAUAGCUGGAACCUGAACGCCAGUGUCAUAUAUUUGGAAACGCCAGCCGGUGUUGGGUUUUCCUAUAAUAACCGAAACAAUAUCACUACUAACGAUGACAGGUCAGCCAAAACAAACUACGAGGCAGUGCUGAGCUUUUAUCGCAAGUUUCCCCAAUUCAAAGCAAACGAUUUUCAUAUUUUCGGGGAAAGUUAUGCCGGCGUUUACAUACCGUUACUGGCCAUCAACAUUAUCAACGAUCACUCAUCAGGUAUUAAUCUUAAAGGUCUGGCCAUCACCAAUGGAUAUCUAGAUCAGACAUUGUUGGGUAAUUCAUUGAUAUAUUACGGUUAUUAUCACGGUUUGUAUGAUACGGUUUUGUGGAAUCAGUUAGUAGGCCAGUGCUGUCCAGGAGGUAAUAGUAUCAACAAUGACUGUAGUUUUAUUAAUACUACGGACAAACAGUGCGAAGCAUUGGUAAAUAAAACAACUAAUAUAAUCAAUCUGGAGUUCCUCAACAACUAUAACCUUUAUGCUGACUGUCCGGUCACUAUUGUGCACAACGAGAGUCUCGGUAGGACAGUGCCGCGUGUUGAUUACGAUAGUAAACUAAUAGGCCUACAAUUGGGAAUGGAAGUUAUCAUUGAUGGUGCAAAUGAAAAUGUCCCGUGUCUGCCCGACAUUGGUGUCCAGUGGUUCAACAGGCCUGACGUACGCCGUGCUCUACAUAUACCCGAAUCGGUUCAACAGUAUAUGCCGUGUAGUAAUGAUGUGGGCAAUGCAUAUCACAAACAAUAUGAAACACUACGACCGCAGAUACAGAAGCUGAUGACCAGUGAUCGCAAGCUAACUGUUUUGAUAUACAAUGGAGACACGGAUAUGGUGUGCAAUUAUUUGGGCGAUCAAUGGUUUGUCGAAAGUCUAGGUCUAACCCAAUCGACAUGUUAUACCAAUUGGUGGUAUAACUAUCAGGUGGGCGGCUAUUAUAAGGUCUACGAAAAUCGGUUGGCAUUUGUUACGGUUCGCGGAGCCGGACAUAUGGUACCCAAGGAUAAGCCGGCAGAAACAAUGCAUUUGCUGAACAUGUAUUUCAAUGGACAGAUAUUUAGAGAUCCGAGUGGCGGUCAAAACAAUAUUACCGAUUGUAUACCCGAAAAGUCUAUCCACACCCCUACUACCCGAUCGGUUGCUAUUAUAAACUCUAUGAAUUAUAAUUCUAAUCAACCGUUACCUCAAUGGGUAGUUGACUGCUGUCAACGACAACAACACCCGACACCGACACUGCUAUCAAUUACAUACACAUCGGACGAGUUGUCCAUUGUUUGUGACCAGUUGUCGGUACCGACAAUUGUCGCCACCGACGACGCCGACAAUGAUUUCCGAUGUCAGAAAAACUGGCGCUGUAUCAAAGUGGACGGUCCGCUAGAGUUUACCGAAAUCGGUAUCAUAAGCCAGUUGACGGCACCGUUAGCCGAUAAUGGUGUACCUGUUUUCAUACUGUCCACCUAUGAUACCGACUAUAUACUUGUCAAUGAAUCGCAUCUAAUUAAAGCCAAACAAAUUUUAGUUGAAAAUAAACACACAUUUCUUAAGUGA